AUGCAGGCCACGGGCCUGGCAGAGCAUGGCGAGAACCACGGGGCUGUAGAGGUUGUCGCGGACGUUGUCGUACAGCUUCCCCUUCUCUUCCAGGUAGUCGAUGGUGCCGACAUGACCCUGCCGUCCGCCGUGGUCCCGUGGGUCCUGCCCACGAACGACAUGACAUGUGUCGGCUUUACCUCCUCUAGCUCCCUCGCGACGCCCGCCGCGUCCUCGGCGCGCGAGCGGGCCUUGCGGUGCGCGACGCCCCUGGCCUCAUGGCUCCGCGCAGACCAUCUGCCCUAUCCAGCCGUUGCCGCCAAACACCAGCACGCACGGCCCCGCCGCCGCGGCCGCGGCCGGCGCCCCCUCAAACCGCCUCCUCUCGGCUCCGCUUCGCCAUCCGAGCCGGGCCCCCAGUAG